GACGCCGGCCACCGCCCGGGGCCCGUAUCCCGCGACUUCGAAAACUCCCGCGGCGGCCGCCGCAGCUCUCGCGAGAACUCCGCCCCCGGCCCCGCCCCCCGCGCGGCGGGUGAGCGACCGAGGAGUGAAAUACGGCAAAGAGCAAAUUCACUGGCCCUGACUACUGAUGUGCAGGAAGUGUCUUUUCCAUCUACUGCUCCUCCAAUGCUUUGAAGAAUGCGAGACUUAAGGGCUCGGGCAACGAGCAGUCUGCUGCGGUUUCCAGAGGUGACUAUUCAGGCACUUGGGGAAGAUGAGAUACGCCUGGAUUCUGUGCUGUGCGGGAAGUUUUCUGGAGGGAGAAAUGUCCUGGCCUGGCUGGCGUGUGGUCCUCAGCUUGAGGUAGUGAACUCUGUGACAGGAGAGCGGCUCUCUGCGUAUCGUUUUGGUGGAGUAAAUGAACAGCCCCCCACUGUUCGUGUGGUAAAGGAGUUUUCCUGGCAGAAGAGAACUGGACUGCUGGUUGGGUUGGAAGAAUCAGAGGGAAGUGUGCUCUGUCUGUACGACCUUGCGAUAUCAAGAGUGGUUAAAGCAGUUGUUCUUCCGGGAAGGGUAACAGCUAUAGAACCCAUAACUAACGAUGGAGGAGCGAGCGUGAGCACUCGGCACCUGCAUCAGAGUCUGCGAUGGCUCUUUGGAGUGGCAGUGGUGGCUACAGACGUUGGCCAUCUACUUCUGGUUGACCUUUGUCUGGAUGAUUUGUCUUGCAGUCAGAAUGAAAUAGAAGCAUCAGAUCUAGAAGUUGUCACCAGAAUUCCUGCUGAAGUUCCACAAAGAAGAGAAACUGUGACCAGAGAAGGGAGACAUCUCUGUUUUGAAUUACAAAAUCCAUCAGGAACAGCAAUAUCAACGCUGUGCUACAUAAGCAGAAGCAAUCAGCUUGCUGUGGGUUUUUCUGAUGGCUACCUGUCGCUAUGGAAUAUGAAAAGUUUGAAGAGGGAGCACCACUCUCAGCUUGAAGGAGGAAGGAUUCCUGUCUAUGCUGUUACCUUUCAAGAGCCCGAGAAUGAUCCUCGCAAUUGUUGCUACUUGUGGGCUGUUCAGUCUACACAGGAAAGUGAAGGUGACGUUGUGAGUUUACAUCUGUUGCAGUUAGCAUUUGGUGACAGAAAACGCUUGGCUUCAGGACAAGUCAUGUAUGAGGGCUUGGAAUACUGUGAUGAAAGGUACAGUUUAGAGCUCACGGGUGGAGUGUUUCCCUUGAGAGGGCAGACCAGCAAUACUAAGUUACUCAGCUGUCAGACCGUGGAAAAAUUUCGCAACCACGUUGACAGAGAGGACAGUGUUAAUGAAGUAGUGUCUCCUGACACCAGUGUAUCAAUCUUCAGCUGGCAAGUGAAUACCUAUGGUCAGGCAAAACCAUCUACCUAUUUGGGUGUAUUUGACAUUAAUCGCUGGUACCAUGCUCAAAUGCCAGAUUCACUAAGGCCAGAAGAAUUCCUUCACGAUUGCCCUUACUUUGCAUUGUGGUCACUGGAUUCUGUAAUAAGCAUGACUUCUCCAAACCUCAUUUUGGAUAUUCUGGUACAUGAGCGGAGUCUAAGUCGGGGAGUUCCUCCUUCUUAUCCACCACCUGAGCAGUAUUUUAAUCCAAGCACCUAUAAUUUUGAUGGUACGUGCUUGCUGAAGUCUGGAGUUGUUCAUAUGACUUGCACCGGCUUCCAGAAGGAGACCUUGAAUUUUUUGAAGAAAUCUGGCCCUUCAGUAAGUGAAGCCAUUCACGAUAGCUACAGUCGGUGUCUUGCAGCUGGCCUGCUGUCUCCAAGACUAGCGGAUGUCCAGCCCUCGAGUUUGAGUCAGGAGGAACAGUUACAAGCAGUAUUGUCAGCUGCUGUCCACACAGGUUCUUUAGAGCUUCUGACUGGAUGCAUUAAACAUUGGACAUCUGAAGAGCAGCCAAAUUCUGCUGCUAAUUUACGGUUUGUUCUUGAGUGGACAUGGAACAAAGUGAUCUAUGCAAAACACGAAUUUGACCAAAUAGGCAUUCCUCUGUUUGAUGGCUCUUGCAACUUCAUUGAUCCACAGACAUUACAGUCUCUUCAGCACUGCCAGUUGCUUCUGAGCAACCUUAGCACAAUCUUAAACUGUUUUCUAAGAGAAGCACAGGAGCUUACGGAAAAAGGUUGUGCAGACUUGAGAAAUAAGCAGGUGGUAACCAGCCUCAUUUCUUUGUAUGCACAAGUGGUCAUCUGGUUCUGUCGAUCCAGUCUCCUCCCAGAGGGUUUAGAUGAUGAUAUGCAUUUGUCUAGACCUUUCUACAACUAUCCUCUGAUUCAGAGAUACUAUACUGGCCAUCGACAGAAACUUGAGCGUUUAUCAGGAGGAAAAUGGGAUUCUGACUGCUUGAUGAUUGAUGGAAUGGUUUCCCAGUUAGGAGACCAAGUUGAGAAGCUGUGGCGGAGAGAUGAAGGAGGAACUGGGAAAUACCCACCCGCUAGUUUACAUGCCCUGCUGGAUCUCUAUUUGCUAGAAAGCAUUGAAGAAAGCUACAAACAUGCCAUUACAAUUUACUUGCUGCUAGAUAUCAUGCAUUCCUUUCCAAAUAAAACAGAGACUUCAAUUGACUCCUUCCCUACGGCCUUUGGUAUCCCUUGGGGUCUUGUGAAGCUUAUUCAAGGUUAUUGGCUUCUAGAUCACAACGAUUACGAAAAUUCCCUGGCCCUGCUCUUUCAUCCAGCUACAAUCAAAACUGUGUCAUGGCAACACAGGAGGAUUAUUCAAGCCCUCAUGAGCCAAGGAGAGCAUAGGCGAGCCCUCAGAUACUUACAGAUGAUGAAGCCAUCAAUGUCAAGCAGUAGCGAAGUGCGGCUUUUCCUCACCGUGUUGUUGUCCAAUAGGUGCAUGGUGGAGGCUUGGGGUCUGUUGCACCAACACACCACUAAGUUAAAUACGGAAGAGCUGUUAAAGCACAUGUAUGAGCUCUGCCAGGAGAUGGGACUAAUGGAAGACUUGCUGAAGCUGCCUUUCACAGACACUGAACAAGAGUGUCUGGAGAAGUUUCUACAGACCAAUGCUGGUGUUCAGAAUCAUGAAUUUCUUCUAGUCCACCGUCUGCAGCGUUCCAAUUAUAUCCCAGCACUGCAGUUGAAUCAGUCAAUGAAGGUUAAUCUUGUGGGUGAUCGUGAUCCUCGAUUGAGAGAGAGAGCAGUUGCUAGAAAUUCAAUAUUAGACCAGUAUGGCAAGAUCCUUCCUAGAGUUCAAAGGAAGCUGGCUGUAGAGAAGGCCAAGCCUUACCAUCUGCCUUCAUCAGUCUUAAGAGAAGUUGCAAGACCAAAGCCGUUAUCAACAGUAGCAAGACAAGCUAAUGCAGGAAAUGUGCAUACAAGAGCAACUUUCAUCAGUAAUGUAUUGUCCAAAAUUGGAGAAGUGUGGGUAGGAAAUGAGCAGAAAACCAGUUUCUCACAAUAUGAUAGCCCUAGAGCUACAGAACCACCAGCACAUCCUCUCCCUGCUGCAGAGCUGCCCGAUGCAUUUGUUGGGACACCAGUUACAAAAUUCUCACAGAAACGUUCCAGAUUGCUGGACUCGGUGGUUCGUCCUGUUCCUUCAUGUUCUGCAGCACAGGGUGGUGGCUGGCAGUCACCAUGCAGAGAUUCUACUCCAUUCAUGGCAUCCAGCCCACUGAAUUCAAAUCCGCAUGGUUCCGUCUCACAGAAGAAGUUUUUGAGAGCAUCGGAGCUGAAUUUGCUAGAGACUCCUCUGGUGGUUAAGAGAGCUAAAGAUUUGGCCAUGUCUGCUUCUGGCUUUCCUGGGUUUACUCCUCAAUCUAUCCUCAGAUCCAGCCUUCGCACCACACCCCUAGCAACUCCCUCUGCAUCUCCAGGACGAUCAGUUACUCCUCCUCUGCGAGCAAAGGAACCUAGAAUAUCCUUCAGGGAAGAGGGCUCGAGUGCACAAUGGGCUGUUGGGGUAACUGCAGAUGAUAAAUUGCUGUCUGAAGCUUCAUCUGAGCAUCAUCACAGAGUGGUGGAGGAUGCUUGGUCUGAAAGUAGAGUUAAAACAACUCUCUUUGCUCUGAGGAAUCCUGAGAAAGAUGGUGCUCAAAUGGAAGAGUCUUCAGAAAGCAUUCCUGGAGAUGGUUUGGAGAAUAUGGAUGUCAGCAAAGAAAAUAGUAAUGUUUCUGCCAGGUCAGACCAAACUACUUUGGAGUAUCACGAUGCAAAAUCACCUGGUGAUUUUGAAGAUGAUGUAAUCUUUAUAGCUGCUAAGCCAGCUAAUUAUUCCUGUGAAGAGACUGGUGAUUUUCAAGAAUUGGAGAAGGAAGAAGACAGUGAAAUGGUUGAAGAUAAACCUUUCCAGAUGGAAGAACCAGACUCAUCAGAACUAAGGAAAGAAGCUGGAUUUGUGGAAGAAUCAAAUGCUGAAUCUCUUACCCUUCCUGACAAUGGUAAAUUGGUGUUUAAAGCUGCUGAGGCUGCUGCUUUUGGGACUGCAAGUGAAAGUGAAACAAACCACCAGGAGUCCAAGAUGUCCUCCUCUUUGUCAGAAGAAAAAGUCAUGCCAGUUGCAACAAAUCCACAGCUUUCUGAAUCCCCAGAGGCAGGCAAUGAAUCUGUGAUAAGUAUCCUUGACAGUGAGGAUGUGGUCAGUGCUUAUUCAGAAAGGCACCUUGAGGAGAAGUAUGUGGAUUUGCAUAAAGAAUGUAACCUAGAAGCAGCUGAAGUUGAAGCUGAAGUUCCUUCUCCACAGGAAGAAAUAACUGUUUCUAACAGUCUUCCUAAAACUGAGGAAAUGAACGUUAUUGAAUAUCUUGUGGGUAAGGCACAAACCUCAGAAGCAGCACUUAAAACAUCACUAUACAGUGAACUACAUCCGUCAGGCAACCUGCAACACAGCUGUGAUACUAUAGAGCAACAGUUCGCUUGUGAUUUGCCUGAUAAUGAAUGUGAUGAAUGUGAUGCAGCUGAGGGAGAUGGAGAGCUUUUUAUACCCCAGAGUAAUUUUACUUUAGUCUUAGAAGGAGAUGAAGGUGAAGCGGAAAUGGGAGACCCUACGUUAGUAGGUGAUUCUAAAGCAGCUUGCACAACAACAGAGGAAAAACCUGUGAGCAAUUUAGGAAAUACUGAAAACCAAGAACAUGUUACAAACUCAGUGUCUACUGUAACUAGUGAUCAGGAAUCUCAGAAUACUGCAGAGUCACUCCCGUAUGUGCCUGAACCCAUUAAAGUAGCCAUCGCUGAGAACUUACUGGAUGUAAUCAAAGACACAAGAAGUAAAGAAUUUACAUCUGAAGCUGUGGAACAAUCUAUUCAUGAGACAAUAGGUAAAAAGGUAACUCGGUUCCAGAAGGCAAAAGCUUCCUUAACAGCUGUGGCAGAAGGUGUGGAAGAUGAAACCAGCAGACUUCAAGUAGAUUAUGUCAUCACUCCUAGAACACGUGCCAGGGGACAGCUUAGAAGUCUGAGUAUUCCAUCUGCAGGUGAUCCGCAGCUACAGAGCACAGAGAAACCAGUUCUGUUUGGACUGUCUCCUAGGAGAAGUACCAGGCGAACAAAAGAAGCAUCUGAGACUUCUAGCCUUCAAACAGAAAAAAAUGCGCAAGAGGAGCAAAUGCCUGUGACGCCUGUUACUCCGAGGAGAGGUCGGAAGCCUAAACAAGCUAAUUUAGAAAAAGUAGAAAGUGGCCAUUCUGACAAUCAAACAUCGUCCGUCAGUACACUGUCCACAGCUGUUACUCCAAGAAGAGGUUUAAGGAGAGCAAAGGAAGCUGCAUCUGCACUCUUGGAAGAGGCAAAUGAGGAAACAUCUCUUGCCAAAAGUAGCGUUAUUGCUUCUGCUACUCCCAAAAGGACUAGAGGAGGGAAAAGUUCAGUAGGAGAUCCAGAAACUGGCCAAACUGACACUGAUCGUAAGAUAAAAACAGCAGUCAGUCCCGGUAGAAGUGCAAGAAAACUGAAAAGCAUUAGUUUACAGUUUCCUGAAAAUACUGUCAAGGAUCAGGAGGUGCAGCCCAGUGACCAACUCCUUUUACCUGCACCAGCUAAAAGAGGCAGAAGAAGAAAAAUAAGUUCAUCAGAAGUUUCAGAAAAUUCUGACCUUCAUCUGUCUAAAUCAUUGCUUCCUCAAACAGAAUUUAAACUUCCUGUCACUCCUAGAAGAAGUGCUAGGAAGGGGGCACAGAAUCUCCUGGCAGACACAGAAUCUAUCUCCACUCAGGAAGACACACCUUCAGGUGGGAAGGUGGAAAUCCUUGAUACUCCUAGGAGAAGAGCAAGAAUUCCACAGGCUAAACCAGAAAAAACAGAUACUCAUGAGCAACCAUCUGCACAGCCAAAUGAGGAAUCAGCCACACCCAGGACUCCAGUUAGGACAGGGCGACGGGGCAGAAAGAGACGAUCGGUACAGGAGGAGAGCACGGGGGAGGAGGCCUUGCCCCAAGGGCCUGGUCUCAGUCCUUUGCUGCCCGACGACACAAACCCAUCGGGAUAUAGUGAAACAUCAAGAGCUUCAACAGAUCGUAUCACAAGAACCAGAUCCCACAAAACUGCCGUGCAUCAGAAACUGUCAGUUGAGGAAAAUGAGCCUUUCCUUUUCUCUCCUCCUCUCACAAAGCUGACAAAGAAAUUUAAAGCUGAGAAAGCAGACCAUCCUGUGCAGCUGAAGGAUUUAGACCCGGACUUGUCUUCUCAGUUUGUCUUUUCACCCCCUCUUCUGAGGUCAAGAAGCAAAAAUGUAUCUAGCAUUUCCCGAAUUGUGACAGAAUCAGAGCUUCCAACUAAAGAGGAAGAGGAUACCAAAUCCAUAGAGUCUGUGGGAAAGCAAAAAUUGAAGAGAGGUAGAACUGCAAAAUCAAAAGCAAAGAAAACAAGCAAUUUAUUAAUGGAAACAGAAGAGGGAGGGGAUAAAAAAGGGCAAGUGGAUCUUUGCAAUGAUGGCAUACUCUUCCAUUGUCCUAUUCCACUGUAUGAAAACCACAUUCUUAGGGUCUUUAGUUCCCCAUACAAGGCAGGAGGAGAUCAGACAAUGAGUAAAGAGACCUUCUUGUUUCUGGUUCUUUCUGGAAAACUGUUUGAGGAACCACAAGAAAAGAAGCUUCUUGGUCACCUCCACCAGUGGAAAUAAAAUUCAUCUCUCCAUUUGGAAGUCCAGUGGAUGGAACAAAAAGCAAACAGAAAGAAACCACAGACAUGGCAGAGAAGACUCUACGAAAGAACAAAAAAAGACUGUCUAAUUUUCCAAAGCCAGUUGUGCGCCGGAGGAUGCUGUAACUGUUUUUUAAGUUUAUAUUGUACACCACUGUUUGUAAAGUCAUCAAAAUUGUGUGGAUUAGUAAAAAGAAAAAAAUCAUCUAAUUUGGAAGAGAUAAUUUAUAUAAAUUAUUGUAAAAUUUCAUAAACAAAUGGUCUUCAAUAAGUAACUCCAUAUGGAGUGUGAUUUCCUCAGUCAAUGCAGUUUUCUAUUUUAUAUUAAGACUUCAUACAUUUAUAUAAUAUGUAAAUACAGCUUAUUUUAGGAAUGUUAAUAAAAAUGUAUACUUCAAAUAUGCUUACUGUCUGAUAGCUUUUUGAGGGAAUAGUGGUUGAGUGGCCUGUGUCGCUCGGAAGUUUUACUGUUGGUUUGCAAGAGUUGCUGACCCUCAAAAGUGAGGCCAGAAGCUUUUUAAGCCUUUCAAAAGUUUGCUUAGAAUUCCUUUAACAAGUCAACAUUUAAAACAUAGUAGUUUAAAUUUUAAAAAUGUUAUUUGACCUUCUGGCACAAAGAAUUGGGUUCACAGUGUAAAGGGGUAAUUCCUUCCAUUCACGGUUGAGUCGUACUGUAUUGAAGUCAGAAUGUAAACAAUUGUAUUUUAAGCUGUGCAAUAUUUUUUUGUAUUUGUCUUAAAACUUUGGGAAAGCUGCUCUUUAGUUCAUAAAACGAGAUCACACCUCAGAUGUUUCACUAUUUUACAAUUUGUUGUCAGCAAAAAAUUAACUACAGUGUGUGUGAUGCUUACAGUAGCAUAGCACAUUUAAGGGGGUGUUACCCAAAUACUUUGAAAUUUGAGCCAAUAUUAUUUUCAUGAGGGUAAUAGAAAUGCUACUAUCAUUGAAAUAAUUACUGUCUGUGAACAUAGUUUGCAAUAUUUGAAGCCUGCGUAUCACAGCACUGAAAACCUGAUGGUAAAGCUAAAAUAAUAGUCUGGAAAAGGUACAAAAAUGUACAGAAAUCUUAGUUACAAACCAUCUUAAUGAAACAAUUAUUCAAAAAUAAUCUUGGGUAAUGGAGUAAAUGUCCCUAUAAAGAUUCAAUUUGUAAAAAUAAAUUCAGAAAACCUAUUCUUUUUAAAAGCAGACAUGGAAGUACUAUUUUGGUGUGCGGUCUUUUAGACAAUGGAUUAUUUUUAUGUAUGUUAAUUUAUAUAUGGAUGCAACUUUGAAGACUACAGAAUGGUGGAACCUGACAUUAAACUUUUCAUUUAGUAAAAACUA